UACUGUUGAAAAACGGCGUUAAACCCAAAACAAAAAAAAAACAAAACAAAGUGAAAUCAUGAAUAACUCGUGAUCAGACACUUCUUAGAUAUUCUGUUGUAACGAAUUUCCUAUGUAUGUAGAAAUACAUUAUUAUAUGUAUCUGCACAUACUGCAUAUACUUACUGCUAGUUGCUGAACAGUAGUUUUCGGAACUUUCUGAUGUUUAAAGUUCGUAUUUGCAUCACAACAGCUUUAUUGUGCAGUAUCUGUUGACAAAUUUUAACUUUAUGUACAUGUAUCAACAUCCGUUACAGUUGCUGGGGCAAUAUGGAGUCACUUUUCAAAAUAUAAUGUUUUAUUGACCCAUAACCUUGCUUAUUACAGAGAUGAAAAGCUAAACGACACCAUUGUCCUUGAACCUCAGUGGUUGAUAGAUGCUUUUAAAAGCUUCAUUACUGCCAGGAUGUUCUGCUGUAGAAAAAAGCCGGAAAUAUUCAAGAAAUGGAUCGAAUUUGGCCAGUCAGCCAUCCUAACCCACGGGCUAAUUGAUGCAGUUUGGGAUAAAGAGGAUAAUUCAAUAUUUUAUGAGCACAAAGACUUGUUACUGAACUACCUGGAGAGGCUAGGAUUAAUUGCAAAACCCCAUGAAGAGUCUGUGACAGAUUACUACUUUGCUCCAUGCGUUCUUAAAACGUGCCCAACAGCGGAUCAACUGUCAUGCCUUGAUUGUGAAAAUCAGAAAUCAACCAGUAAAUUGUGUUUUACGACGACAUCUGGAUUCUUACCUACAGCUGUUUUUAACAAAUUUCUGGCGGCCUGCAUCAGUAAAUGGACUCUGUCAAAAAUAAACGGAAAGCGCCUGAUAUUCUGUGGGUUCGGUGUAUUUGACCUUGAAAAUAAUCAUUCAUUAUAUGUGCAUUUCUUUGACAAUGUUAUACAGAUAUGGAUAACAAAACUAAGCAUAGAAGAUGAGCCAAGCACUGAUUUAUGUUCAGAAGUAAAUGCCUUUGUUACGGAGUUUCUCCAGGAUAGAUAUAGAUGUUCAAGUGAUAUAAAACCACUUCUGAGAUGUAAGUAUGCCGAAGCUCGCUCCAGUGAGAAUGCAUUUGGAAUAGAUGAGAUUUUUGACAAGAAAGAGGUUGUAUGUAAAUGUAGAGCAUCGCAACACGUAUUGCGGACAGAAGAGCUUACGAAAUACUGGUCCUUUGACGUAUCAUCUGAUAUGCACUUGGACAGUGCUCGUGAGCUUAACGAAAAGGAGCUUAGUACCAUUGCACAAGUAUUGGAGACGGAUGGCAGCUUUUGGGGUUUCUGA